CCUGCCUUGAACCUUGUGCACUUGUGAUCCACGAUUAUCAUUGUGCCGUGUUUCUUACACUUACAUGAUUGAAAUGUAGUUUAAUGCAUUUUUCCGUAGUAUUCAAGAGUUACUACCUAUGACAAUAGAAUAUAUUUGUUACAUCUAUCAUUUUGCAAAAUUAUUAUUAUCGGGAUCGGAUUGUUCGGGACUACCUUGCACCUAAAAGGUAUAAAAAUUACAAUUUCUACGUAAAUAUAUCCAAUUCAAAAAAAUAUCCAGAUAAAAAAAAGACAAGAUACCACGAAAAUCUGUACGAAGAUAAGGUCAAGCCCGAAAUCCGGAAUAUUCAGCAUUGAUCUUUGGACGCGCAAGCGCCGGCCGGCGGAUUUCACCUAGUUUUCGUCACACGGUCUUCCGCCCCGCACACGGAAUCGUGCAUAUAACCGCUCCUAUUUUCGUUUGCGUCCAGAGUCCCGGAACGAACGUCCGCGAGCACGGUGGUUCAAUGUCCGCCAUCCUCGAUGCAUGUGGAACCGACACCGGCUCGAUAUCGAAGGCCGAGGACAACCUGUCGAACAGCGAUGGACCUCUGAUCAAGGGUUACAUCCAGCAGAAUAAUUGCAACAGCGUGCUCGCAAGUUCGGAAAACGUUCAUCGAACAACGAUCAUGUCGUCGCACGGAAUCCCAGUGUCCAAUGAAAAGUCAACGAAACGACGUUACUGCCUGUGGACGUUAACCUUCGUCCUCGCGAUAAUCGGUCUUUGUAAUCUAUUCCUGAACAUCACUGUGAUCGCCGUGUUACGGAUCAGUCAAGGAAUGGAAGCGAUGGAAGUAAUACCUGACGAGAAUCUUGUCAAGUUCUAUGGGAAAACAGACCUGGACACGGUGUGCCUGCAAUCGGAAGUCUGUCAGAGUUACGGCGACGAACCGAUGGAAGUAUCUGGCGACGAGGCAGGCGUGCUAAUUAACGUAAACAGUCGUCGUGCCCACGACGAUGUUCGCGCCAAAGUAACGAUUUUACCGAACGGCACCGCCUGGUCUCGAAUCGAAUCGUUCGAGAUCAAAGAUCCACGUACCGGUGCUGUCUACUUCACCACAGAUUUUCCAAAUUUCGGUCUGCCGGCCGGCGUGGAGAAAAUCGACGUGAAAAUCGCGGAAACCCACAGAAUCACGUCACCGGUGAACGAAAGUUUAACGGUGAACUCGGACGAGCAGAUCUCCAUGCACGGCGCAGAGGGUGCUAGUAUGGAGAGCAAAGAUAUCGUUUGGAGCGCAGACACAGACAUUUUGUUGAAGAGCGUAAAUGGUAGUAUCGUACUAGACGCUGCUGACGGUAUAUCGAUAGAUGUCGAGAAUAUACCCGUUGCUCCUAUGUUCUUGCAAAGUCCUGGCCACGAACAGUACAAGGUUUGCAUCUGCAUGCCGCAGGGAAAAUUGUUCAGAGUACCGGUCAGAUCGGGCAGCGGUGGUCGAUCCGUGAACUGUGCCCGCGUUAAUCGAACACCGGAGAACGAUCCAUGUUCACGAUAGGAUCAGGAAAUUGCUGUAAUAUUUUUAUGAUUUUUUUUUACUAUUAUCCCAGCCCACUGCCAACAAUUAUGAUCGGGGUAUCUACGGUUGAAUUGUUGCAUUGGAUAAUGGACGACGCAGCGAGAAGUUGUGACGAAAUUUGGACGAGUAUAAAAUACUUGAAUAAUAUGAAUGGGAUUCGAGAAAUCAGACAACCAACGCGAGUAUAGAUUCUGUAAGUGUACAUGUAAAUGUAAUUCAGAUUUUAAUUCUAGGUAUAAUGUUCGUUAAGUCCUAGACUCGCCGGUCUUCGAAUAAUUACGUACAAUACCACACACACGCACACAGUUACGAUUACGUAAAGAUAUUUCGCAGCUAAAUUACGUUACUGUUGACAGUCAAUCAGGCAUCGUUAAAAAUUCAUGUACAAUCCUGAAUACAUUAUCUUUUCCAUC